UCCUCCUCCUCUUCUUCUUUCAGACAGGCUGCUGAGCUGCUGAGGAGACACAGCCACAGGAAUUAUGCCCUGCCCAGCAGUGGCUUUACCCGUUUGAUGAGGUGACCUAUGCAUGCCAAGUAGUUGUAAGUCCGGGGAUAUCCCCGUGGUUUUGUUUAGCAUGAGCAUGGAAGAUUAUGACUACCUGUUCAAAAUAGUUCUGAUUGGAAAUGCUGGAGUUGGGAAGACAUGUCUUGUCCGGCGCUUUACUCAGGGCCUUUUCCCACCUGGACAAGGGGCAACUAUUGGAGUAGAUUUCAUGAUUAAAACGGUGGAAAUCAAAGGGGAGAAGGUCAAGCUCCAAAUAUGGGACACAGCUGGACAAGAGAGAUUUCGGUCCAUUACUCAGAGUUAUUACCGCAGUGCCAAUGCCCUCAUUCUUACGUAUGACAUUACCUGUGAGGACUCCUUCAGGUGCCUUCCAGAGUGGCUGAGGGAGAUCGAGCAGUAUGCCAACAACCAAGUGGUGACUAUAUUAGUCGGUAAUAAAAUAGAUCUGGCAGAGAAGAGGGAGGUUCUCCGACAGAGGGCUGAGGACUUCGCUGAGGCUCAAAGCAUGUUGUAUCUGGAGACCUCGGCCAAAGAGUCCGAUAACGUUGAGAAACUUUUCCUCGAUCUGGCCUGCGAGCUCAUCCGAGAGGCCAAGCAGAACAAGCUGGAUAACAGUGAUACUGCCCCGAUGCCCGGCGAGGGUAAAACCAUCAGUUACUUGAGCUGCUGCAACGUCAAUUAGAGCCUCCGGGCUGUCACAAAUCAGUAGCCAUUGAACUGGAGAGGGCAGAUGGCUGAGCCCCAACGCCUCUGUCUGUCCGUCCGUCCAUCCUUCUAAGAUUGCCUCCUCUUAAGCCCCGUCAUUUCUAGUCCCAUGCCUUUUUAAAAACUAUACAAGGGAGUUUUAAUCAACUUUAGUUUUUUGGCCUUCCAGGAACAAGCAUUUUAAGAAGCUGCCAUUAUGGAGAACAUUGCCAUCAAUGCAACAGAACGUAAAGUUUGUCCGCUUGAUGCAUCCAGGCAACUUGAAUAGGGCUCUGAUUUGUCCUAUUUAUUCCUUUGGGAAUUUUAGCAUCCAUUUUCAUUAAAGCUGCGUAUAACUUUCGUCACCAGUUUGCCAUCAGAUCUGUAAAACCUGAGUCAUAGCCUAAGUAUCAUGAAUCCGUAAGUCUUUUUGUGAUUACGCACUUGAAUCUCUUCCCUCAUGGUGAACAGUU